CGAUGAUGACUGUGGACAUGAUCUGACACGAUGAAUGGGAUAUUAAUCAAGUAAUAUUCAACGGGUUAGACCAUAUAUAUAUAUAUAUCUUCUCCGCAGCGGGGUCAAGGUUGGAGAUGAUAACCACGAUUCCCAACCAACCAUCCUACUAUAUCGAAUAGAUCAAUAGGUUUUUUUAAUUUUUUUUUUAAUAUAUUCAAACUUGAUAUCAUCUUUAUGUAAUAAUCUUGAUCUACAAUCACAUCAUUCGUCUAGAAAGAGGAGAAAAAAGAGGAGAAAGCGAGCCGAGCCCCGCAUUCAAGAAAGACACUCAAUCAAUUCGAUUUUACUCAAAUAUACUCACCUACAACAACACCAAACGACAUACUAGCAAUGUCUCCCAAAACAAUAAUCGUCACCGGCGCCUCACGAGGCCUCGGUCUGGCAAUAUCGAAAUACCUCCUCACAACUAGCCCGCGCAACAACGUCAUCCUCCUCGCCCGCACCGCCGAACCCCUGCAAGCCCUGCAGUCUCAAUACCCGGAUAACGUCGACUACAUCGCCAGCGACGCGACAGCGCCGGGUCUCCCCGAGAAAGCCGUGCAGCUGGCGCUAUCACGCUUCGGGGCACUGGAUGGACUAGUUCUUAACCAUGGCGUCCUCGGACAGGUGGCGACAGUGGCAGGCGCAGAGCUAGAGGAAUGGCGGAGCGCGUUUGACGUGAAUUUUAUCAGCUUAGUGGGCUUCGCAAAAGCGGCGUUACCUGCGCUACGGCAGUCCAAGGGGAAAAUCAUCUUUACGUCGUCAGGGGCAUCUACGUCGGCGACAAACGGGUGGGCGUUGUACGGCGCUACAAAGGCUGCGAUUAACCAUUUGGUGCUGUCGUUGGCGAACGAGGAGCCGGAGGUUACCUCUGUGUCUCUUCGGCCGGGCAUGGUGGAUACGGAGAUGCAGCGCGAGAUACGCGAGGGUCACCGCGGGAAUAUGGCGCCAGAAGCGUUUGAGAGGUUUAUGGAGGCGCAUAGGACGGGGAAGCUUCUGAGACCGGAGCAGCCGGGCCAUGUUAUGGCGAAACUGGUGCUGGAUGCACCGAAGAGUUUGAGUGGGAGAUUUAUAACGUGGAAUGAUAAGGAUUUGGUGGCAUUUCAGGAGUAAAAUCUGGUUGCUCUGGUCAGUCCGCUUUCUGGCAGAGGUAUGAAUAGAUAUUGUGAAGUUUGGGAGACAUCAGCCGAAAGAUGAAAAGCAGAUACAUAGUGUAAGCAUUAGAUGCAAACCAUCUUCAUACUUAGCAUGGAAAUGUAUGGGGUUCAUCACGCGUCGAGGGUUAGAAGAGAGUAUUCAGACUUACAUCAUGAGCACUACUGGCCGAGACACUGUGGAAAUUAGGAGGAAAGUAUAUCUAAUAUCUAAGAAUUAGCAAUAGACGACACAAUUGCUGAGAUAUAUUCUUCGAGGAAGCAUCAUCAGAUAGUCCUUUGGCG